ACAGUCACUGAACUUUUUACACUGUACAGAUUUCGCACUAUAGCACCAUAUUUAAAAUCGCGGAAGAGACUAAAGUAUUAAUAUAAUAGUGUUUAACAAUUAGAUUUGUUUAUACGAUAAGAAUAAUGGGGAUUGACCCUUUCUUUAUGGAGAAGUACCAGAUUCAGGUGCUUAAGUGGUUGUUGUCUUCAUUGGCCAGGAUUUUUGUAGUGUCCAAUUUCAUAGCGGACGCCUUGUACACCUACCGUCAUUGGAAUCUGCAGAGGAGCACUUUGAAUAUGACUUGGCGUUGUGGCUAUUUAGUGGCCGAAAUAUAUAUUUGCCUGCUGACAAUAGCGCAACUGAUUGCCUCACUGCUUAUAGUGAUUCAAAGGCAGAAACACGUGGCCACAGGAAUCCUUUGGAUAGUUGUCCAUCUACGAAUUGCCGCAAAUUCGGAGCUUUGGAAUUUGGCCGGGUACUUGGAGUUGUGCUGUGUAAUUAGUGCCCUUCUCCUGAUUAUGCUGGAUUGUCGACGCAAUGCAGUUGUAUCGUUCUUGAUGAUAACUUAUUUGGACUGUAAGGAUUUGGACCGUCUUCUAUGGCACAUCCUUUAUAAAUACGUCUUGAAGCUUGCUAUUACCUUUCUACUGGUAAGCUGCCAGAAGAAGCUCUCUGCUGGAUUGCUAAUGUUCCUGUUGAUUUUCCACUGCCUGGACACCCAAAUCUGGGGGGAUGCGUCUACGGAAGAUAUGCUAGGGGCUUCGUGGAACCUGCAGCGCAUUCACUUCUGGCACAAGGUUUCCGUAACCGGGGGACUAAUCCUAAUUGCCGCUACUAACGGAAAUCAUCAACGCAUGCUUUAA